GCGACCAUUGAAACACCCGAAUGAUUAUACGGCAAUGGUGAUAAAACCCCUCCAAAUAGCUUUCUUUGGCAGCGAUCGGUUCAGCGUGGCAGCCUUAGAUCAUGUUCUUCGCCUCAAGGCUCACACGCCGUUAAUAGAGUCCGUGCACGUGAUAACACGUCUGAUAAAACCUAAGGGCCGCAAGCUUGUCACAUACGAAGACUUACCAGUGGGACUAUUUGCCGCCCUGAAUGGCGUAUCCGUACUUCGCGCAGACUCUCCAUCCGAAAUCAACCGACUUUUGGACCAGUUUCGUUUCAAUCUUGCGGUGGCGGUGUCAUAUGGCCAGUUGAUUCCAUCACACUUCAUCAGUGCGAUGCAGUUUGGAGGAUUGAAUGUUCACCCGUCACUUUUGCCAAAGUACUCCGGGUCUUCGCCCAUUCACUAUGCCUUGAUUAAUGAUGACAAAUUUACUGGUGUCAGCGUACAAACCCUUCAUCCCACCAAAUUUGACAGAGGUGAUAUUCUUUUGCAGUCGCAGCCGGUGGAAAUACAAGACACUGAUAACUAUACAUCUUUGGAGUCGAAAUUGGGGGACAUUGGUGGAGAAGCCCUCACACAGGUGCUAAAUCAAGGUCUUUACCGCGAAACAAAACCAUUGGUGCCUCAGACAAAGUAUUCAACUGCAUUCAAAAUCAAUACUUCGAUGGCUCAGGUCAAAUGGGACCAAACAUCACGACAGAUCAGGCGCCUUGGUGAUGCGUUGGGACCCCUACACACCUACGUACGUUGUAAUCCGCUGAAGAAGUUGAACCUGAAAUCUCCCGUGUAUAAACGGGUUAUUCUUGAAGAUCUCAAAGAAAUAGACAAUGGUGUCUAUGCUGAACUAGGAGUCUUUUCGUUGGACAGAGCUACCAACACAAUCACUGCCGGUACCGGUGAUGGUGCCUUAUCAAUUGGAUCUUUGACAUUCGAGUGUUGUAAAGCAGAAGAUGCAAAUUCAUUUUACAAAAGAUUCCCAAAAAGAACCAAUAAAGCCGAUUUCCAGUUCACGGUCGUAGCAUAAGUAGUAGAAUCAUGUACAUAUAUUUCAUAUAUUUUACUAAACACUAUAACACCACUUGGCAGUGUUUAUUGUAGUCUUCAACAGCUAUACCGAUUCGAUUGUAUAAGAAAGCUCUUGAAGACUUUUCGGGAAUAGGAAUGAAUGGUCCCUCACUCUUUUUUAAUCCAAUAACGAUACCGGUAGACUCCAUCGAAAUCGAUUUGAUUUGAUCAAACGAAACGAUCCACCUGACUUUGUUGACAUUGAUCUCAUAUAGUAUGAGUUUUUUGAAAGUGACAAUAAGGGUCUUGUUUUCUCCAGGUAACACCAAGUGGGCCAAAUAGUUCUCAUGGAGGUAUACUCCUCCAUCAAUGGAUUUGAGCCAGAACUGGCCUUGGGCUUCUCUUGCUGAAUAGGGCUUGAUAACAUGAUCGUAGCCAAUUUGACGAGGCAAUCUGACUUUAUCCAACCCAUCAGCAUCAAAAACUGUAGUGGUACUCCGAAUCCCUUCACUGACAUUUGAAGCAAGAUCAAAGAUACCAAUUGCAGUUUUGGUUGGAAGUCCAACUAUUCCUUUUCCAAAUCCCUUGAAAAAUCCCAAUGCACCUUCACUAUUUGCCCCUUCGAUUGGAGCCGUUGCUAUACCGGUCACACCAGAAGAUACAGACUCGAAGAACGAAUUUGCACCCGAUGCAAAACCAUAAAGCGCAUGUUUAGGCUUGUUACGACGUUGAUUGAGACGACGACGCUCUUGGAAUCUCUCAUCCAUCGUUACCAAAGACAAGCCUUUGGCCAUCGAUCCUGUGAAUUUAGCUACCGAAUUCGAAAACCCGAAGAUGGACUUUUUCAAGAAACUCAACCCACCUUUGGCAAUACCAAUACCCAAUUCUUGUGGGCGAUCAUUGAUUAUGAAACCUUGAUAAGGUUCAUAAAAGAUGUCAAGAACACCUGAGGCCAAGUUAUUGAACAAACCAACUGGGUCACCCAAAACAUCAGCCGAUCCCAAAAUCUUGUGAAGUUGAUAUAUGAAAGACUGUCCAUAAUGAGUUUGGAUCGAUUCCAUCAAAAUUGGAAGUGGAACUCUGACAUUUUCCAUAAACAAGGCAUUCAACUUGAUAGGUGCUUCAUUCACAUUUCCAAUAGCCAUGGUGAGUACGUU